AUGAAGGAAAUGCCAAUAAAAUUGCAUAACACCAUCAAUAGCACGUCUCAAAAUGCCGAAGAUCGAACAGAUGUGAUGGAAUGCAGUAAAGAAGUUUCCUUGUGGGUGUGUUGCAUGCAUGAUAAGAAGCAUGCAUGUUCACUUUCCUUACAUCGUCGACAAAUGACGAAGCAGAUAAUCUUGAAAUUGAAAGAAGAGAAAGAAAUUCUUCUCCACUUAACAUAA